GAGGGCGGAUGGUUUCGCUGUAUUUGAAGAUUGUCUGGGCUUAGUAAGCGACGGAAAAUUGAGUCCUUCUAGAAAACGCUGUAGAUGCGGUGGUGUGUCUCGGUCUAGAAACGAAAUACACUCUAAAUUAAAGAACUUGUUUAAAAAGUCGAUUUUAUUUCAAUACUUAGAAACCCAUCAGCAGCGCACGUGAAGACACCGCGGGGCUUUCUACUCUUCUGUGAUAUUCCCAUCUUCUGUGUCUCUGUGUUUUGAGCUCGUGCGGACUGCCUUCCACCCACCUCAUGAUGCACGUGAAUAGCUUAUUGAACCAGUGCACGAAGAUCUCCAGGAUGUGUGAUGUGGACGUUUCUUCUGAGCCUACCAGCCCAACGCUGUAUAGAGAAUCUUCUGAUUCUUACUGCCAUGUGGACCGAUGGCAGAAACUACGCACAGCCGUGCGCAAGCUAGAAUUCUGGGAAAAUUUCACUCAUGAGCUCAUUGGCAGUGGCUUCUUUUCAAAGGUUUACAAGGUGAUCCAUAAUACCACUCUGAAAAUUAUGGUAGUGAAGAUCUACAAGAAUGACGUGGACCAGGACAGCAUUGUACGAGAAAUCAGCCUUCUGCAGAAACUCUCUCACCCCAACAUAGUGAGGUAUCUGGGUAUUUGUGUCAAAGAGGACAAGUUGUACCCGAUACUGGAGUAUGUUAGUGGAGGAUGUUUAGAGGAGCUGUUGGCCAGGAAAGAUGUGCCUUUGUGCUGGAGAGAGAAAGUGGACCUUGCCAAUGACAUCUCAAGAGGGAUGAUUUACUUGCACUACAAAAACAUCUAUCACAGAGAUCUAAACUCUAAGAAUUGUCUGAUAAGGGUGACAGCUAGAGGCAGAGAGGCACUGGUGACCGAUUUCGGCUUGGCUAGAGAGGUGGUUGAACUUCCUGCAAAAGACAGGAAGCUUUCACUAGUCGGCUCCGCCUUCUGGAUGGCCCCCGAGAUGCUCCGUGGGGAACCCUACGAUCGUAAGGUGGAUGUGUUCUCGUUUGGAAUUGUUUUGUGUGAAAUUCUGGCUAGAGUCUCAGCUGACCCAGAAAUCCUUCCAAGAACUCGGGACUAUGGCUUGGAUGUGUCAGCAUUCAAGAAAAUGGUCAGUGGGUGUCCUCAUCUUCUUUUGGAGCUGGCAGCCAACUGUUGUCUGAUAGAGGCUUUCCGAAGACCCUCUUUUACAGAGCUUCAGGAGGAGUUAGGUGAAAUUGCUGAAACUCUGGAGCCUCCUCGCACUGAUCUCACCACAGGCUGAGCUGCAGAAGGUAUCCCAUGAGGAUCCCAUGAGCUCUGCAAUGAACGUGACCAGCUGGAGUUCUGUACAUAGACUUGAGCACAAACACAAAUGCAGCUGAACUGAAAAUUACUCUCGGAAUGGUUUGCUUCGAAAGGGCAGAUCAAUGAAAAGGUCACAAUCUUUUAUGGAUGCUCUGCAGGAAAUUAGAUGACCUACCAUCUUUAUAUAAUAUAUAUUGUAUAGUAAUGGUAUUCAAAGAGAAAUGUCGUUUCAGGAUCUUGUAUUAAUACUUCUAUAUAUAGAAUCACCCUAAACCAGACUUGGCUAAGGUAGCCAGUGAUAAUGAGAAGACCUAACUUGAAGGUCAUAAAAUAAAUGGUUCUAAAUAACCAAAUAAUAUUCCCAUAUUUGUAUUUUUUUUUUGAAAAUUGAAGAUUGUGUACUUCUCUUUCAAAAUAAGCAAUCUACACAGAAGCAAGUACUCAUCACUUUUUCUCAUUUGUGGUUUUGGCUUCCACUGUGAGCUGAGAUGGUGCACUUUGGAAACUCUCUAUAGGGCUAUACAAUCAUCACAGGAUGAUCCUUAUUUCCUGCCUUAACGCGCUUCUGUGUUGCUGUAACUCUCUCACCAGAACUUAUAUUGCAUAAGUAUUGCAUACUUAUUUUGCUCUCAUUUAGAAUGAGUGUUUGGUGAACAUUUCAUACAAUUUAUCCUUUUUUCUUUGCAACAUUCAAACAAACAACAAAGCUCAAGUUACUUCUCUUUCUACCUUAUGGUUCAUUUUAGGUAGCUUAUUUACCUUGUACUAUGAAUUUCAGUAGUGUAAGUAUGACUUGGUUUCAACAAACAGGCUCCAAUAUAUAGUGACACCAAACAACUUCUCUUAAAACAUUUCUUAAAGUCACUGAACAUAAUACAAUAAUGUGGGCUGUCGCUAAAAUUCAUGGGGCUGGGUCAAUUUUAUAAUAGAGGACCUUAGUGGGCCCCCCUUAUCACAAGGCCCAUCAAUGUUGCUGAUUUGCAUUACUUUGCACCAUUCAUACAGAAUCUUUUCUUGCGAUAGAAUGCUAGACACAGUGUAACGAUGUCUUGAGGCAUGCUUUUAAGAGUUCAAAACUUAACUCGGUGUCUUAAAAACAUGGAACUCAUGCACGAGAUGCUGAAAAAAUGGCAAACAAAGGCGUCUGUGUAGCCAUGCUUCUUUACGUUGAAAAACACAACGCAGAUGGAUGCGUUAUGAUUUUUUUUUCUUUUUUUUAUUUCUUGUUAUUUGUGUUUAUUAAGUUAUUAGUCUGGAUAACAUGGCUGUUAUUUGGGUUUUUAAUCAUGUAUGCUUUAGAUGCCUUUGUAAAUUGCCUCUUGAACGUUUUUCAAGUUAACAUUAACAAAAUCUACAUUCUGUGCCUCAGGAUGCUAGAGGUUUCCUCUAGUCUUAUGGAGAGAAAUAUGUCAUGCUAACUUCCCUGUUCACAGGGCUGAUGUCUGUAAAGUCUGAAUCUUUCCAUGGUUUGUAGUGUUUUUGUAAGACAUGUUAAAUAAAGAUAAAAGGAAAUGUAUUUGA